GCGAAGAUCGAUAAAUAGAGCCCGUAUCUUUACUAUUUCCUUCAUUUCUUUCUGGGCAGCUUGUCUUCUCUGUAGACCCUGCCCUCUCCUUCCCUCCCUUUCUCUGUUUGAUUUAGGAAAGAUGGGGCUUUCAUUCACUAAGCUUUUUAGCCGUCUCUUUGCCAAGAAAGAAAUGAGAAUUCUCAUGGUGGGUCUUGAUGCUGCUGGUAAGACUACCAUAUUGUACAAGCUCAAGCUUGGAGAGAUUGUCACCACUAUUCCUACAAUUGGGUUUAAUGUGGAGACUGUAGAAUACAAGAACAUAAGCUUCACUGUCUGGGAUGUUGGUGGCCAGGACAAGAUCCGACCACUGUGGAGGCAUUAUUUCCAAAACACUCAAGGGCUCAUCUUUGUGGUUGAUAGCAAUGAUCGUGACCGUGUGGUUGAAGCUAGGGAUGAGCUGCACCGGAUGUUGAAUGAGGAUGAAUUGAGGGAUGCUGUGCUACUUGUGUUUGCAAACAAGCAAGAUCUUCCAAAUGCUAUGAAUGCUGCUGAAAUUACAGAUAAACUUGGUCUUCAUUCGCUACGUCAACGCCACUGGUAUAUCCAGAGCACCUGUGCCACUUCUGGUGAAGGUCUUUAUGAGGGACUAGACUGGCUCUCCAACAACAUUGCUAGCAAGGCUUAAGAGAUGGGUUGAUUUCUGCAGCUUUUUGGGUAGCAUUCUGCUUCAAUUUGGGAGACAUUGUUAGGCUGUUUGGUGUUCAAGGAUUCCUUAUCCUACGAGAUUGUUAAGAGAAGAAUGUAUUUGUUUGGUUUUGUAAGAUAUUGUUACUGUAAUAGAAAUUGGCAAAUUAUCCCUAAUAGAUACUAAAAUAAUUCAUGAUUCACAGUUUUUAACAUGAUGUAUCUUGAUUCAAGUUUUAUGCUAUUGGGGCUUUUGUAGAGUAUGGUUCUUCAUUGACCAGCCAUUGCUUGAUUCUGGCGGUUGCCAUUUUAAAUUACAAUAAUGCUGUAGAACCUUGAC